AUUGCGCAGGCUCGACGUGCCGGCAAGAAGGCCUUCCACACCUCCCUCAGCUCUGUGGGCGGCGAUGGCCUGGAUGACGUCGUUGCUGGUGCAGCCAUCGACUCAGACUCGGAUAGCGACUCUGGCGACUCGUACUCCGCCACCCAGGAGCAUCGCGCGCUUCGCAAGCGCAUUCAGGCGUAG